AUGUCUUGGAUAUUGAAACAAGCCGAAGAUAUUUUAAAUAAAGUUGAUCAACAAGCUAAUGUUGCAUUUCAUUUACCACCACAACAACAGAGUUCUAUUCCCUCUUCUGAGAAUAUAUCAUCUAAAAACACUAGCACACAAGCGCAACAAGAAAAGUUCACUUCUCUAUCAUCCUCUUCGAAAACGUCUUCACACAAUCUAUCCACAUCUCGUCAAUCCUCGAAAGAACAAGUUCGUCAUCCUACGAGAAAAUCGCCCAGUAGUAUAGAUGGCGAUGCAGAAGUGGAUUUAAUGCAAUUUUUAAAUAGUGCGGAACCCAUUAAUAAAGACAGCAACAAACAAUCGAAAAGUAAUCAUACAAAGCAAACAAAUUCAUUUUCCAGUACAUCAUUAAAACACCUUCAAGAAGAAGAUAACUUUCUAACAGUCUCCAAGUCCGUCAAUUCAACGCCACGAUCGCUUACGCCAGCAAUAAUGACGAUGUCAGAGAAUAACAGUGAAGAUGUAAGAAAUCAAACAGAAACAAAUAUAAACAGAUCAUCAUCAUUUUCUGCUUUAAAAUCAACAGCUGUGAGUAAUUAUUCUCUGUUACAUCAAGAACGACAACCAGAUACAUCUUCAAUUCCAGAUGAAAUGACACAGGAAAAGUUAAUUUCAGCGCACGAUGUCUCCUUGGAGUUAUCUGUCUCUCAACAACAAGAUGCGUCUUCUAAUGAUAAUCAUCUCAAAGAUGAAUUAAUACAAUCAUUAAAUGAUGAAAUGUUCUCGUUGAAAGCCACCAAGCAAUCAUAUGAAAGUGAACUUCAAAAUUCCAAACGUCUUCAACUCCAAUAUCAACAACAAAUAUCAGAAUGUGAUGCCCUCCUACGAGAUCUAAGAACAAAAGAAUCCGAUUAUUUAGAAGCACUAUCGACAAAAGAUUCACAAAUUGCUUUAUUAAGAAUACGUCUGCAAGAAUCCGAUGAUUUAUGUAAACAAAAACAACAAUUAAUUGAUCAAUUGCAACAAGAGUGUGUUCAAACUCAAGCGUUUGAUUCCUUGCAAUUAAAAAUAUCUCAACUUGAAUUUGAAUUAUCCACACGUCAAUUUGAUAUGGAUAAACUACAAAAUGAUUAUUAUGAUGUUCAAAAACAAGCUCAAGAUGAUAAACAACAACUGCUUGAUUUACUAAAAGUAAAUGAGAAGAAAAUGGCAAAUGAAAAACAGCAUGUUCAAGAUAUCCAACAACAAAAUAAACAAUUAAAAGUGUUGAUUCAACAAUUAGAACUAGAUAUGCAAGACUAUAAACAGAAAGCACAGCGGAUUUUGCAAACAAAAGAUACACUAAUUGCAAAACUCAAAGAGUUUUCUCAACAAAAACAACAACAUCGUGCUGGAAUACAUGAUGCAGAGUCGAUACUACAUUCCGAUCAACAACAAUCGUCCGAUGAUAGUAAUAUUGAUUUAUCUGAUAAUGGUAAUUUAUCACCAAUCGGCUCAUCGUCUUCACAAAUAAAUUGGUCUCAAAUUAAUUACGACGAACUUAAAAUUGAAAAUGACCUUUACAAAUCGGAAUUAAAACAACGCGAAUUACUUAUAUAUAAUUUAAAACAUGAUUUGAGUGAAUAUGAACUUCAACAACAACAUUACAAUGAACAAACACAUGCUGAACUUCAACAACUUCAAGAUCAAUUACAAGAUGAAAAACAUCGUUAUUCACUUUUAGAACAAGAUUGUAAAAAAUUAAAAACAGAUUAUCAUCUACUACAAGAUGAUUUACAUAAACAAAAACAUCAAAUGUAUACUCAAUUGACCGAACGUGAACGAGAUUUGGAAAAAGUACGAUUACAAUUAACAUCAAAAACGAUAAAUCAUUUAAACGAUAAUGAGUUGGAAAAACGAUUGCAAACACUUACAGAAAAUUUGAUACAAAAACAAACGAUUAUAGAAACUCUUCAGACUGAUAAACAAUCAUUAAAUUUACAAUUAGAACGGUUAGAAUCUCGAUUAAAUGAUUAUGAUCAAAUAUCAACAGCUUCGUCUCAAAAACGAAAUGUUACCACAAUUCAGAUGAGUAGUGAUCAACGUGAAGGUGAUGAACAUUCAAAUGUUGAAAAUAUUCGCUAUCGUAUGCCUUUAUUACGAGAAUCACCAAAUGAUGUUGAUUUGGCUAAAAAAGUAAAGAGAGCUGUUAGUGAAUUGGAUAAAUUGGGUAUUCGAUUGGGAGUAUUUCUCAGACGAUAUCCAAUCGUGAGAUUGGGUGUUCUAUUUUAUGCUAUUCUAUUACAUGCAUGGGUAUUAUUGGUACUGUCUACAUAUACACCAGAAACACAUGACACAAGUUAUCAACCACCAUUUGUGCCCAAACAACCGUGA